CAUGAAUGAUGCCAUUGACCUAUUUUUAAAAGGGGCGGAAUUUGAAUCUUGUCCUUGGUGGCUGAUGUGCACUGAAUUUAUAUCAUAGUUUGUUCUAGCUGAGGCUGCUCGUGUUGGAGCGUCUCCAGCCUGACGUUAAACCUGCAGUCUGACGGGCGGAGGUCAUCACUGGCCUCUGCUUUCACCCCCUGCUUCAGAUGCAACAGCUUCUUAGCUCAUCGACACAGACCAGUUCUUCUGGUAGGGCCGUUUAGGGAGGUGUGAAUGCACAACUGAACCGUCAUGUUAAUCAAACAAGCAAAUUCUGGUCUGUCUAAAACCUAAUCCUCAGCUCGCUCGAGAACCACAUACAGAAGGUGGACCUCAGCUGCUCUGUUUGUCUCAUCUUCGUUUAUUCUCGAUGCAGCGGCGCCUCAGACGACUAGAGCGCGUUACUGUAGAGGUCUGGCUCGCCUGAUGGGCGCAGUGUGGAAGCGAACCCAGACUGGCUAAAUGUUGCAGCCCCCAACCGAGUCCAGCAGAAAAACAGCCUUAGACAGUAUUAGCAACCAGAACCGGGGGGGGGGCACAUGAUUAAAUUAGUGUGCAUCAGAGCCACCAAUGACUUGAACCAUCCGUGUGAUGGAUUUAAAGUUUUCUGCUGGAAGUAAUGGUUUUAUGUGAUGGGGAAAUGGCUUACAAACAGAAAUAUGUUCAUUUAUUUGUAAAAUGUCAAUUAUGAUGUAAUCUGCUGUCUUAUUCCGUUUUAUUUCAUUUUAAAUUUCAUUGUCAAUUUAAAAGUAAAGAUUUAACAAAGAACCUCAAUGUUUUAAUUGAAAGAGUCCUUUGCUGACUGCCUGCCCCUAUUGCUGGCCAUGGUGUCCCCCUUUCCAAGAGUGUGGUUUGACCAUUCUGGGCCCCUGGGCAGACCAAAAAAGGGAGCCAUUGUGAAUGAAGACCGCUUUUGCCAUUAGGCCCAGGCCGGGUGGUGAGGAUGCCAUGGGGUUAGGAGCAGAUGUGGGUUCAGCUCUUCUAGGUGGAUAUGGCCGGUGGGGAGGACGGGACAGAUACGGCCCGCCUGUACGCACAGAUUACCGACUCAUUGUUGAGAAUCUUUCCAGCCGCUGCAGCUGGCAGGACCUGAAGGACUACAUGAGACAGGCAGGGGAGGUGACCUACGCCGACACCCAUAAAGGCCGCAGGAACGAGGGCGUGAUCGAGUUCAGGCAGUACUCAGACAUGAAGAGAGCUCUGGAGAAGCUGGACGGCACGGAGGUGAACGGCAGGAAGAUCCGGCUCAUCGAGGACCGUCCCGGCGCCAAACGCCGCCGCUCUUAUUCUCGCAGCCGCAGCCAUUCCAGGUCUCGCUCCCGAAGUCGCAGGUCUCACAAGAGCCGCAGCCGCAGUGAGAGCAGCAGCCGCAGCCGCUCCAGAUCCAGAGCGGCGUCUCGUUCCCGCAGCCGAUCCCGCAGCAAGAAGAACAAGAGCAAGAAGGAGGAAGAGGAGCGCAGCAACGGCGCUCAGAAGGACGAAGACCACAGCCGGAGCCGCAGUCCCAAGAGCAAGAAGAGCAAGAAGGACGGGAAGAAGGCCAAGAAGGAGGAUUCCAGGUCCAGAUCCCGCUCUCGCUCCAGGUCCCGCUCCAGGAAGUCGACUUCUAAAGGCCGCGAGCAGCCGAAGAGUGACGACGAGGCCGGCGAGCCCGAGGCCAGGGCCAGAUCCCAAUCCCGUUCCCGCUCUCCCGAAGAAUCCAGGGCCAGGUCAAAAUCCAAGUCCAAGUCCCGGUCCCCCUCACCUGCCAAAGCCCGCUCCCGGUCCGAGUCCCGCUCCAAAUCCCGUUCCCAGUCUCGCUCCCGUUCCCGUUCUCGUUCCUAGUUCAGGUUCUGGACUGUCUGUCAGGAGCCCGCCACCCCCGCAUCAACAUUCCCCGGACCCCCAACAACACCCUGCCUCUGGUUUUUGAUAAGUAGCUGUAGGAUCCUGGUCUCUGCACACACACCGCCUUUCAUUAGUUUGUAAAAUACCAUGAGUUUUAUAAGUUAAACUGACCUGUGUCGUUUUUUUAAUCGGGUGUAGAAGUAAACUCUUGACGCGCCGGCGGGAACGCCGAGGCAGCGUUCGUGAUCCCUGAUGUCGUUUUGUUUCUGAUUAAAAUGUUUGCUCCAGUUA